GAAGCUACACAGUGGCACGCGAUGAAGCUAUAAAACCGACACGCGCGAAGAUGCCAUCGGGGACGAUCUGGUAGGCGCGCGCCUGUUCUCUUCGCCCACACACCAUGUCCUGCUCGUGCCGCUGUGCGCAACAGCCCGCCUCAUACUCCCCGCCUCCGGCGUACAGCUCGCAGUCGCGCGCGGCGCAGACGGAGACGGCGCCUGAGACUGCCAGUUCUAGCCCAUCUACGCCCCACCGCGGGAUCGACAAACACCUUACCUGGAUCAACACCCCUUGGAUGCGCGUCUUCGUCCCCCGCGCCCUCUUCCUCGUUCUAUGCGCGCUGUGUCUUGCCUUCUACGCCCUCUACCUCACCUUCGGCGCCCUUUACCGCCUCGUCGCGGCUCCUUCACCCGACGUGUACUGGGCGCUUCCCCUCGUUCCCGAGGCGGAUUGCAUGGGAUACGGGAUGCGCGCGUACACGGCGACGCUCGUUAUCGAGCCUGCGUCGGGAGGUAGCAUGCACGCGUCCGCGGCGCCCCGAGUGGACGAGCCUGCGUCAAGCGGGUGGAUUGUUGAGUCCGUGCCAAACGCUCUGGGUAACAAGCCCGUGCCGGACGGAUGGCACAGGAUGUGCAUGAACGACGCCCCGGCGGUGGAGGUAACGGGAAAGGUGCUGAAGAGGCCGACGUGGUGCGAUAUGCGGGAGGACCACACAAUCGUCGGACACUGGGUCGUAGACUACGGCGAGCCGGAGUGCGUGAGUAGCUGGGGAUGGUUCACGGACAAGGGCUGCACGGCGGAGGGCUCGGGGUUGCGCACCUUCGAAUCCGACCUCCACGGCCGCCUCGACGCCGGCGCCUGGCGCGACAUGUGCCGCCGGACGCCCGCCAUCGUGCGCGGGGUGAAAUUCUUGGGCGCGAUGCGGUGCUACAAUCGGGACGACGAAGGAAUUUGGGGCGCUUGGGACAUCGAAGACAAGAGCUGCGCUUCCUGAGCGCGGCCAACGCGCGAGGGCCACAAUAUGCGCAAACCUUACAUGCAUCUAUGCCUCUAUGCACGUCUCUAAGCCAUCUGAGCAUGAUUUGAUGCUCGUUCAGUUGUAAUUCAGGC